AUGACACGUGAAGAAUGUGACUUUCAAAAAUAUGUUACAACUACCUACGAUCCAAUAAAAAUUGGAUCUAUUGAUGGUACAGAUAGUGAACCACACGAUCGUGCUAUUUUAAGAGCUUUACAAUCAGACUAUGCCCCUAAUAAACAAGUCAGAGGUGACCCUGACCAUACUCUUUUUAUUGCACGUCUCAACCCAAGAACAACACAAGACACAGUUUACACAGAGUUCUCAAAAUUCGGAAAAGUCAUUAAUUGUCGCUUGGUUAGAGACAUAGUUACUGGUAAAUCAAAACAAUAUGCUUUUGUAGAGUAUGAAAGUAUUUCAAGCUUGGAUCGUGUGUUACGGGAGAUGCAUAAAGAAUAUAUAGAUGGUAGUGAGAUAAUUGUUGAAAGAGAGGCAGAGAGGAGGCUGCAAGGCUGGCGACCGAGGAGACUUGGUGGGGGCUUUGGAGGACGAAAAGAAUCUGGACAACUGAGAUUUGGCUGCAGAGACAGACCAUUUAGAAAACCCAUUUUGAUAACUCAAAAUCAAAAAUGA